AUGUACAUAAAGACGAUCCUGACGAGUUGCUCUCACCUGCUGAUGACGCUAUGCGUCGCGCAGGAGCAGCAGAAACCACUUGGGAAGACCAAGACGGAUGAGACCGGGACUCCGGGUUGGCGGGUGGGCGGAGUCCGGGCACUCAACUUCUCGUCGCCGGCGCCGCACCUGUUCGCGUCGGCGUACGGACUGCUGCAGCAGUGGAGCAACACGGUGUUUCCGAACGGGCACACGAUGGCGGCGGUCGAGGUGCCGGCUUUCACGCUGCUGUAUCACGGGCGGAUGGACGUGGAGGACGCGCCGAGUCCGGAGUGGCUUGCGUUUGAUAUAGAAAUGGCCUACGGCAUCAUGGGCAGCACCCGCCAGAGCUUCAUGCUGAGCUACCAGACCACGCGGCCCGUGCGCGCGCUCUACUUCGACGGGGAGUCGGCGGCGCUGAUGGGGCUGGGGCAGCUCGACACCCAGAUGCUGCACCUCUACGGCAACGUGACGGGACCCGAGCGCAAGGGGGACAGGUGGUACGGGAUGGAGCUCGAGUACGAGAGGGCGGCGGGGCUUUGUGACUGGUUGGACGAGAGGGGGCUCGGCGGGCCGGACGGGUUCGAGGGGGUCGUGAGGAUGAAUGCCGGGUUCGAGAUGAUCUGGUGCGAUUUCGGGAGCGAGAGUCUCAGGUUGGUGAGUCGGGCGAAUGUGACGGCGCCGCAGACCCGGAGUGUUGGGGGGAAGGGAGGGGAGAUGCCAAGGGGGGAGAAGGCGGAUAAGAAGGAGGAGGAUGACGGGGAAGGGGAGCCGACUUCGGUGUACCCGCUCCCGCCGCAGCCGACGCGGACGGAUCGGUCCAGGACCCCGACGAACCCGCCGGCGCCGCCGAACUGGCGCGAUGUCAUCGGCCCCGUGGACCGCGAGCCGUUCCUGCAGAGUCAGGGGUGGGGGUGGUUCGCGUCCGCGACGUGGCACUACGGGUCGUCCGGGUCGGGGCCGGGGAGGGGGGAGACGAGGGCGCGGGUGCUGUCGUGCGGGAUCACGAGCUGGUACGCGCCGAGGUUCUGGGGGGCGAUGGUGGAGGAGGAGCAGGAGAGGUUGAAUCUCACCGCCGAGGGAUACUGGGCUGGGGAGGGGGAGGAAGGGGAUAGGAGGCUGGCGAUGGAUGAGUUGGGUAGGAGGCGGAGACUGCAUCAUCUCGAGGGGGCCUCGGAGGAGCUCGCGAAGGGGUUGAGGAGGGAGACGGAGGUGAUGUUGAGGGAUGCGUUGAGGGGUGAGGGGUGUAGCGGGAUGGAAUGGGUCGGGACCCUGGGGGAGAUUGUGCAGAGGACUGCUGGGCACUUGAUGGCCAUGGAGCAGGCGGUGCGCUGGGGGGGGGACGAGGGGAACGUGACGGAGGUGAAGGAGUGGCUGUACCGGCUGAGGGGCCAGAGCCACAUGUUCUUGGUGUCGUUCCUGGAGUAUCCUCAUGAGAUUGACGGGGAGACGUGGGACGUUCGAGGACCGCUUUUCGGGGAGACGUAUUCCAGGUGUCGGUAUCGGUAUACGAGGCUACUCUUCGACGUGUCACUCAGCUCUCGGGAGAGAGAUCUGAGAGACGCGGUCGAGGAGGUCAUGGGUGGGAUCUGCAGUGUUUUGCUGGAGGUCGGGUUCGAGAUUGAGAGGGCCUGGUACGCGCUCGAAGAGGGGGCUUCGUCUGAGCUGGUAAGUCUGGGCAAGCGGUGGGAAGACAACGUCAGGGAGCUGAGAGCGUGGGUUGGAUGGGAGGGGGAGUUCAUCAGGUGCGAGACGGGGGUGACAGAAGGCCAAGACCGCCUCCGCCUGAACAUGGUCCUGAUGACGGGACGAAGCCGAGGCCGCCUGGACCGCCGCCGUAUCGGGGACCCUGGAACGGUGGGAAUCAUACCCGGCCGGGACGGGGUCCGGUGUGGAUGGUGA